UCCAGCACAUCCCUGAGCCACAGCCGGGGAGAGAUGAAGGCAGAGGGGCCGGAGAGCUGAGGACCUGGCCAGCCUGGCCAGGACGCAGAGGAGGAUGCGGGUGGCGCACUGAGCAAGGCCUGGUGUCCGCAGCGGUACAGACCCAGCAUUGCCCAUGGAGCUGCAGGCCCCGGGCGCCCCUCCCCACACCCACCGGCCAGGCUGUGAGAGGCCAGAGGCCUAGGCCACCGGGAGGGUGUCGGCAGACAGAUGCUCCCCGGGCUGUGGAGUCUCCUGAGUGGGCUGCCGGGCGGGGUGCCAAGGGAGGAGGAUGCCGGCCAAGGGGCGCUACUUCCUCAACGAGGGCGAGGAGGACCCGGACGAACACGCGCUCUACGAGAAGUACCGCCUCACCAGCCAGCACGGGCCGCUGCUGCUCACGCUCCUGCUGGUGGCCGUCGCCGCCUGCGUUGCACUCAUCGUCAUCACCUUCAGCCAGGGGGACCCCUCCAGAAACCAGGCUGUCCUGGGGACGGUAUUCUUAAUGCUCGCCGUGUUUGUGGCUCUCUAUGUGCUGGUGUAUGUCGAGUGCCUCGUCCGGCGGUGGCUCAGGGCCUCAGCACUGCUCAUCUGGGCCUGCCUUGUGACGCUGGGCUACGUGCUGGUGUUUGACUCGUGGAGGAAGGCGGCCUGUGCGUCGCAGCAGGUGCCCUUCUUCCUGUUCGUUGUCUUCGUGGUGUACACACUCCUGCCCUUCAGCAUGCAGGGGGCCAUAGUGGUGGGGGUCAUCUCCAGCACCUCCCACCUCCUGGUGCUUGGCACUGUCAUGGAGAUCUUCACAAAGCCCAGCGUCAGCGUGGGGCUGCAGCUGCUGGCUGUUGCCGUUGUCUUCCUGUGCGUGAACCUCACGGGCGCCUUCCAUAAGCACCAGAUGCAGGACGCCUCCCGUGACCUCUUCACCUACACUGUGAAGUGCAUCCAGAUCAGGCGUAAGCUGCGCAUUGAGAAGCGCCAGCAGGAGAACUUGCUGCUGUCAGUGCUGCCGGCGCACAUCUCCAUGGGCAUGAAGCUGGCCAUCAUCGAGAGGCUCAAGGAGCGGGGGGACCGCCGCUGUGUGCCGGACAACAACUUCCACAGCCUCUACGUGAAGCGGCACCAGAACGUUAGCAUCCUCUACGCUGACAUCGUGGGCUUCACGCAGCUGGCCAGCGACUGUUCCCCUAAGGAGCUGGUGGUGGUGCUGAACGAGCUCUUCGGCAAGUUCGACCAGAUCGCCAAGGCCAAUGAGUGCAUGCGGAUCAAGAUCCUGGGCGACUGCUACUACUGCGUGUCGGGCCUGCCCGUGUCCCUGCCCACCCAUGCCCGGAACUGUGUGAAGAUGGGGCUCGACAUGUGCGAGGCCAUUAAGCAGGUGCGGGAGGCCACGGGCGUGGACAUCAGCAUGCGUGUGGGUAUACAUUCAGGAAACGUGCUGUGUGGUGUUAUUGGGCUGCGCAAGUGGCAGUACGACGUGUGGUCCCAUGACGUGUCCCUGGCCAACCGGAUGGAGGCGGCUGGAGUCCCCGGCCGGGUGCACAUCACAGAGGCGACGCUGAACCACCUGGACAAGGCGUACGAGGUGGAAGAUGGGCACGGGCAGCAGCGAGACCCCUACCUGAAAGAGAUGAACAUUCGCACCUACCUGGUCAUCGACCCCCGGAGCCAGCAGCCACCCCCGCCCAGCCAACACCUCCCCAAGCCCAAGGGGGAUGCGGCCCUGAAGAUGCGGGCGUCCGUGCGCAUGACCCGCUACCUCGAGUCCUGGGGGGCGGCGCGGCCCUUCGCACACCUCAACCACCGCGAGAGCGUGAGCAGCAGCGAGCCUCCUGUCCCCAGCGGGCGGAGGCCCAAGGCCAUUCCCCUGCGGCGCCAUCGGACCCCUGACAGAAGUACAUCCCCCAAGGGGCGGUCUGAGGACGACUCCUACGAUGACGAGAUGCUCUCAGCCAUCGAAGGGCUCAGCUCUACCAGGCCCUGCUGCUCCACGUCCGACGACUUCCAUGCCUGCGGGUUCAUCUUCCAGGAGAAGGGCUCCGAGCGAGAGUACCGCCUGGCGCCCAUCCCCCGGGCCCGUCACUACUUUGCCUGUGCCAGUCUCGUCUUCGUCUGCAUCCUGCUCGUCCAUGUCCUGCUGAUGCCCAGGAUGGCAGCUCUGGGCGUGUCCUUCGGGCUGGUGGCCUGCGUGCUGGGGUUGGUGCUGGGCCUGUGCUUUGCUGACGAGAUCUUGAGGUGCUGCCCAGCCUGGGGGACACUCCGGGCCAUCUCUGAGAGGGUGGAGACGCAUCCCCUGCUGCGGCUGUCCCUGGCUGUGCUGACCAUCGGCAGCCUGCUCACCAUUGCCAUCGUCAACCUGCCGCUGACUCCGUUCCCAGCCGUGGAGCUGCCUGCUGGCAAUGAGACAAACCUGAGGUCUGUGAGCAGCAGGGAGAAGGCCCUGUGCGAGCUCCUCCUGUAUUACACCUGCAGCUGCAUCCUGGCCUUUGUGGCUUGCUCUGUUUUCCUGCGGAUGAGCCUGGAGCUGAAGGUCGUGCUUUUGACAGUGGCCUUGGUGGCCUACCUGGUGCUUCUCAACAUCGCCCCAUGCUGGCAGUGGGGCUGCUGUGGCCACAGCCUGGGCAACGUCACCAAGACCAACAGCACCCUCAGCUCCCCUUCCUGCUCGUGGAGGGACCUGCAGACGACGAUCAACUUCGCCCUGGUUCUGUUUUACGUCACCCUCGCCUUGCUGUCCCGACAGAUUGACUAUUACUGCCGCUUGGAUUGUUUGUGGAAGCAGAAGUUCAAGAAGGAGCACGAGGAGUUUGAAACCAUGGAGAACGUGAACCGCCUGCUUCUGGAGAAUGUGCUGCCAGCCCACGUGGCCGCCCACUUCAUUGGUGACAAGUUAAACGAGGACUGGUACCAUCAGUCGUACGACUGCGUCUGUGUCAUGUUUGCGUCCGUGCCAGACUUCAAAGUGUUCUACACUGAGUGUGACGUCAACAAGGAAGGCCUGGAGUGCCUGCGCCUGCUGAACGAGAUUGUCGCUGACUUUGACGAGCUCCUGCUAAAGCCCAAGUUCAGUGGUGUGGAGAAGAUCAAGACCAUCGGCAGCACGUACAUGGCAGCUGCAGGGCUCAGUGUCCCCUCAGGGCACGACAACCAGGACCUGGAGCGCCAGCACGCCCACAUUGGCAUCAUGGUGGAGUUCAGCAUCGCCCUGAUGAGCAAGCUGGACGGCAUCAACAGGCACUCCUUCAACUCCUUCCGCCUCCGAGUCGGCAUAAACCACGGGCCUGUGAUUGCUGGAGUGAUCGGGGCGCGAAAACCUCAGUAUGACAUCUGGGGAAACACGGUUAACGUUGCCAGCCGAAUGGAGAGCACUGGGGAACUUGGGAAAAUCCAGGUUACCGAAGAGACAAGUGCCAUCCUCCAGGGACUAGGUUAUUCUUGUGAAUGCCGUGGACUGAUCAACGUCAAAGGCAAAGGCGAGCUGAGGACUUACUUUGUCUGUACAGACACUGCCAAGUUUCAAGGGCUGGGGCCCAACUGAAGGCUUUCGGUCGGUGCAGAACAUGCUGGAAGCCAACUUCCUUCCCUGAAGCAAGGCGAGGGGAAGACUCGGACCUACACCAGUCACAGAGGCAUUCCAAGGGUUUGGCCACCAGCACCCUGACAGCCGCGCACGGCUUCCUUGGACUGGCACUAGAGGAUUUCUUGGAAUGUGCGCCAGACCCCAGUUUGAGGCGACCACUGCGCCUUAUCACGCACAGGCAGCGGACCCUCUGGGCUGUCAGAGUCUGCAACGCAGCCUCCAGCACAGCAGGAAAAGGCUUGUUUGUGAGUUUUAGAUCCUUAGUCCCCUAGGUGCUGUGGAGAAGCUCUGAGGGCCUGACUCGAACACACAUCCCCCUCACGGCCUGGGAGCUAUACGAGGGUAUGAGACCAAGACAAGCUGUCCAGGAUGGGUCGGGGACUCCCUUCUCCCAGUGGACCAACUACAGGAUUCUGCAUUUCUCAUACAGGCAUUCUUGGAAAGAGAAUUGAAAAGGGUGGUUUAAACCUAUAAAUGGUUUCCAACAGUAAGGAGAAAAACCACAAUGGACACGUGUUAUUUCUUGUCAUCUCUGGCAUGUGUUUGUUUUAAAUGGAUACAUUGUUAGGAGGUUUUAUCCUUUUUAGUGACUUCUUAGAUGCUAGACAAAAUAUCUUCCCUUCAGUGUAUUCUUUGCUUUUUUAACCACUGACACAUAAGUAGGACUGCUGUCCAGUGUGAGCUUAUGGGAUUAGCCCAGCUGUGGGGACGGAGUGCUGAGGAAUGUGGCUCGUGGCAAGAGGCGCGUAGCCUUGGCUUGGAAUCAUACAGCCCUGAUGCCAGCAUUCUGAGGCUAGGCUCAGAAAGUGAAGAGCCUAGGAAAGAAGGCACAGCCUCCGAGCCCCUCCCUGCCUGCCCAGGUGGUUUUGAGUGCUCCCCUGCAGUCUUCAGCUAUGUCUUAGUCUCGAUGUCGGAAAGGACUGGAGUCUGUGUAGAGAGAAUUUGGACAACCUGUAGUACGUCUUCCCUUUUCUUUUGUCCUCAUAGCUAAGUCUGAAGCCCUUCAAAACUAGGAGCUACUCAGCAUACACACGUGUAACAGUUCCCGUCCCGGGAAGCCAGCCUGUCACGGGUGCUGUGUUCUGGUUCGGAACUGCACGGACGAAGGCAGGCGCACAGGGCCAGGUCUGGGAGAUGGUGUCUUACAGUGCUCCACCUCAGUCAGAGAGGGCAACCUGUUUCAAGGUGAGACAGACAGUGCCAUUCCUUCUGAACUGACUUCACUGCUUCAUGCCCAGAGCACCCCAGGAUUGCUGAGACAGCUGAUUUCACUAUGACAGGGCUUCUUAGCUAGACGUCAUCCGUGAACCCCUGAAAUUAUACUGAAAGUCUUGCAGACAGGAGACUUCAAAAGAUCAGACAGGGCUGAGACAGGUGACUAAGCAGCCAGGUCUGCCUGGGAUGGGGGGGUUCGGGACAAGGUGCCACCCUAGCUGCAGAGUAGUUGUGUGCAGCCAGGGGCAGGGAGGGGCUGACACUCAACCUGCUGUCUGCGGGGGCCGUGUCCUGCAGGGCUUAUGAGCCCGAGAAGGGGGCUGCUUCUAAUGUGCACAGGUGCUGGGUGGGCUGGUGGCAGCUUUGAGGCGCUGCGUGUAACUGGAGUAGGUAUGAGUAAAUUGUAAGAACCUGCUGUAUAAAGGAACUUCAUGUCAAAAAGCUGGCAAGGGAAACGUCCUCUCAGAAGCCAUGGGACCAGGGCGGCUCCGCGGGGCUCUCCUGGGAGCCAGAGGCUCUGCCGCUGGUGUGGGCAGACGCGCGACAGCGUGCGGGGCCUCUCUGCGGGGCUGUGCGGCAGUCAAGCUCGCCAGCAGCAGAAAUCCCAAUUGGGAGUUUAAAAAACUGGUUACCACUCAAGUAUUUUUCUUUAUUUCCAAUUGAAGCACUGUGCUCAGAAAAGAAUACUCUGUAAGUUUUUCAUUUUGAUGUUCAGAUCAUGGUGUCUAACUGACCAUACAAAUCACUGCAGUUAUUUUUAUAAAUCUGUUCUCUGACUACCAAGCCAGUUCCUCAUUGGCGUCGUUUUGUUUUAUGAAAGGACACGUGCCUUUUCUAACACUGACCUUCUCUAUGGGCCGAGGACUUGCUCAAAGUCUCUAUGCAGGCAGCCUCACUGACUCUCGUGAAAAUCAGAAGUUUUCUGGUUCACUUAUUAGGAAACUUUCCUCACAGAAAAGAUCAUCAUUAACACCCUGUGUGCAUUGUGUAUAUAACAGGCGAAUGUACAGAAAUAUGCUUUGAGAAGGUGCAUGCAAACACCUAGCGGUUAUUCUGUAUACUGAAUAUUUAUACAGCUGUAACGUUUGUUUCAAAAUGUAUUUCAUUUUUAUAAAGUGCCAGUGUUUCUACUUUGUUCAGAUUUUCAUACAUUAAAUGAGCAAUCUGGAAAACCUGAGUGUCCUCAAGUGUUUUGCAUUGUUUUCGUGGUCUUCAGGAACUUAGCU